AUGCCAAAGCAAAAGGGAGAAGUCCUCCAACGCAAAGAUCACUCCCUCCCCUUUUCGGCUUGGAGUCUCGUGACCGAGGAGGUCCCGUCCUCUCUCCCUCCCCUGGGAGAAACGAAAACACACACAACUCCUCUCUUCGUCCUCUCCCAACUUCUCCCCUCUCUCAGCCAGCACUCCCUCUUCCACGUCUCAAAAGCAUACAACAAUCCUUCUUCCUGCUUCAGCUUGUGUACCUCUGUUUACGGUGCACACUGUCUCAAGCUGAAAAGCAAAGCAGUCGAACAACGCGCAGUAUUGCUCGAUAUGGGUGAUAAACCUGCGCUUAAGGCGAACGGUGUUGAAGAUUCAGCGUUGACAGUGAUAUCCAAAGAUAAUGGCAAGGCAAAAUCAGAGCAAGAAGUUUAUGGCUGCGGGUUUGAAAGCGGACCCAGCCGUCCACCAACCCCUCAUGGCAUUGGUAUGCCAAACAACUUCGCGGAAGUUGUCAAGGGCAUCUACAGAAGUAGCUUUCCGCUGCCCGUUCAUCUCAGCAGUCUCGCACAGCUUAACUUGAAGACAAUCGUCACCCUUGUUGAUGAAGAGUGGUCCCCUGAAUAUUCGGCGUUUGUACGGGGUAAUGGCAUCACCUCUCGCAUCAUCCCUAUACUAGCAAACAAGCAGCCCAAUGUUUUCACCCCCUAUAGUACUAUUGUGGAAGUCUUGACCAUCCUCCUUGAUACCAGAAACCAUCCUGUUAUGGUUCAUUGUAAUAAAGGAAAGCAUCGCACUGGAUGCGUAAUGGCCUGUUUCCGCAAAGCCCAAGGAUGGACCUCUGUGGCUGCCAUUGCAGAAUACAUCUAUCACUCAGCUCCCAAGACUCGGACUCUGGACCGUAAUUAUAUCCAAGAAUUUGAUGAAAGUACGGUAGCAGACCUCGUCAGAAGGACCGGUGCUCAAAAGUGGCUUCCAACCUUCCCACCCAUCAAAUAUACCUUUGAUAGCGAGGAUGAAGAAAAUCCUCAUAUGAACGGUAACGGUGCGAAGAAGUCAGAACUUGCAACUAGUGCACCUCCAGUUUCAUUCUAUGGAGCAAACGGACUUCGACAUACCAACAGCCUUUGA